UUUCUACUUAUUAAUUUGAGUCAGCCAACACCUUAAUAUCAACACGUGACCGGAUCUUUUUAAACAGAAACGGAAGUUGUGCAGUGGCUGAAAUAUACCUAAUUCAAAUGUCGUGUUCAACGUGCUCUAGGAAGUUAAAGAAUAUUUAUCUGCUAUAAAAAUUAUAUAGUUACUUAUGUACGCAUUUUACGUGUUAAAGUAAGAUGAGGUUUGCAUACAAGUUUUGCAAUUUGCUUGGUGCAGUUUAUCGUAAGGGAGAUUUAAUAUUUUCUCCAGAUGGAUCGUCAGUUAUUAGUCCCGUGGGAAAUCGGAUAACAAUAUAUGAUUUGAAAAAUAAUAAAUCAUGUACAUUGCCAGUGGAAAGUAGAUACAAUUUUACAACAAUAGAUUUAUCUCCUAAUGGAGCACUGUUAAUUGCUGUUAAUGAAGCGGGUGAAGCCCAUAUAAUUAGUAUGAUCAGUAAAAUGGUAAUACAUAAAUAUAAAUUUAAUCGACGUGUCAGACGAGUAAAAUUUUCUCCAGAUGGUAAACAUUUUGCAGUAUGUAAAGAUCACAAUGUAUUUAUAUUUAAUGCCCCUGGAUUACAAACAGGUGAAUAUAAUCCAUUUAUCAUGGAACGAGUGUUUCAUACAGCUAUGGAUGAUACAACUGUUGUAAAUUGGUCUUAUGAUUCAAAAUUACUAGCUGUUGGUUCUAAAGAUAUGGCUACUAAAAUUUAUUGCUUAGAGAAGUAUGCAAACUUUAGGUAUCUUAAUCUUGGUGGUCACUCCGAUGGAAUUGUAGCAUGCUUUUUUGAAAAAAAGAAUUAUGAUUUAAUUACAAUUAGUCGAAAUGGACAACUGUGCAUAUGGGAGUGUACAAUUGAUCCAGAAGAUCUAAUGCUGUUAGGUCCGUCUGUACCUAAGAAAGAGAAGAAAACUGAUAACGAUGAAGAAGACGACGUUGAUCUCGAGAAAGCUAUAGAAAAAACAAACAAAGUGGCCAAAGCUGAUGAAUACAAUUUAUCAAAAACUGGAAAUUCAGCCGAGUCAGAUGCUGAAAGUGAAACAGAAGUGAAAAAAUUGCGUUACGUCAAAUUGUGUCGCCACUAUUUAUCUACCGACGUUCAGAAAGGAGAAAAAGAAAGAGGAGCACUUACUGCAGCUGCAUAUCAUCAACAGACUAAUAUUUUGGUAGUAGGAUUUAGUAGUGGUUCAUUUUGUUUGUAUGAAAUGCCUGAUGUGAACAUGAUUCACUCUCUAAGAAUAUCACACCAACGUAUUUCAUCUAUUGCCAUAAAUUCGACUGGCGAUUGGAUUGCAUUAGGGUGCUCUAAAGCUGGACAAUUGUUGGUUUGGGAAUGGCAAAGUGAAACUUAUGCCAUGAAGCAACAAGGUCACAGUAAUAACGUAAACUGUUUAGCAUAUAGCCCAGAUGGCCAAUACAUUGUUACUGGAGGUGAUGAUGGAAAAGUAAAAUUGUGGAACACGAUGAAUGGAUUCUGUUCCAUUACGUUCAGUGAACACACGUCCACGGUAACUGGAAUCACGUUUAGUCAUAAUAGAAAAUUUAUUGUUUCUGCAUCGCUUGAUGGAACUGUUAGAGCGUACGAUUUGGCGAGGUACAGGAAUUUUCGAACUCUCACUUCGCCGCGACCGGUACAAUUCUCCUGUGUUGCCCUAGAUUCAAGCGACGAGUUUAUUGCAGCUGGAGGUCAAGACUUCUUCGAAAUUUAUUUAUGGAGCGUUAAACUUGGUACGCUUUUGGAGAUAUUAAGCGGACAUGAAGGACCAGUUGUUAGUUUAGCAUUCAAUCCAAGUCCUGCAAGUACAGAGUUAGCCUCUGUAUCGUGGGACAAAACAUUGAAAAUAUGGAACGCAAUCGAAAGUGGUUCCUCACACGAAACGAUACAAUUAACUGCAGACGGUUUAUAUGUUACUUAUAAACCUAAUGGUGAAGAAGUGGCAGUAGCUACGUUAGACGGGCACAUAUCGUUUUUCCAUUGUAAAACAGCAACUCAAGUUGGUAGUAUUGAAGGCAGGAAUGAUCUAGGAAGUGGAAGGUCUGCUACUGAUCUUAUUACAGCUAAGAAAAAUCUUCAGGGCAAGGCCUUUAGAACUUUAUGCUACUCAGCCGAUGGUACAUGUAUAUUAGCUGGUGGGCAAUCUAAACACAUAUGUAUUUAUAAUGUACAAGAAUAUAUACUUGUAAAGAAAUUUGUAGUAACUCAAAAUAGAUCAUUCGAUGCGGUAGAUGACACUGUAAAUAGACGGAAUUUAACAGAGUUUGGGAAUUUAGCAUUAGUAGAAAAACGUGGUGUACAUGAAGGUGGAAACGUAACAAUACGACUACCGGGAGUUAGAAGUGGCGAUUUGGCGGGUAGAAAUACGAAACCUGAAGUUAGAGUGUAUAGUUUACAAUUCUCCCCAACAGGACAAGCAUGGGCUGCAGCAACGACGGAAGGAUUAUUAUUAUAUUCGCUAGAUGCUGGCUUGGCAUUUGAUCCAUUUCAAUUGGAGUUAGGUAUUACACCGGCAACUGUGAAAACUACAUUGAAUGAAAAGGAAUACACAAAAGCAUUAAUGAUGGCUUUAAAAUUGAACGAGAAGGUGUUGAUAAAGAGCGUUAUAGAAAACAUACCAUGUUCAGAGAUUGAUCUAACAGUAACAGCUAUAUCUGACAUUUAUGUAGAAAGGGCACUGAAAUUUAUAGCAUUAGAAUUGGAAUUCACAAGGCACAUACAUUUUUAUCUUCUCUGGAUAGAAACUAUAUUGACUAAACAUGGAUCGAAAAUAAAUUCUGCACUACAAAUGCCAAUAUUGUUGAUGCUGCAGAAAAAUAUGCAAAAGAAGUAUAACGAUUUAAGUAAAAUAUGUGAUUUUAAUCAAUACACAAUGAGUUAUUUGAAACGACUCGGAAAUUAUAAAGACGAAAGGACAGGUUCAAAGGCUGUACAAUUGGAGACUGAUGAUAAAUCUGAAAACUCUGAUGAAAUGGAUACCGACUAGAAAUGUACUAUAAAUCAGGUAUUGCAUCCAAUCCUAACCAGAAGCUAAACCAAGAGAGCAUCACCACCAACGUGGACGGAGCGAACGUUUGUAUCAAGUGAUGACCGAUUUGUCUUUCAAAUCGAAAGAAGACUACCAAUCGAGAGAAAUUACCUGUGAAUUAAUUAAACAUAGAUUCUAUGGAAUCUGGAUAUCACUCAUUUAUUGGAAUACAAUUUUUAUACUUCUGAAUCUUUAAA